AUGAGAUUUCAACAUUUUUUUUGUGUAUUUUUCAUUUUUAUAAUGUGCCUUCUUUUUAUCAAUGGACAGCAACCAGUUAAAUUGACCCUGAGAAGAAAACUACACCGGAUAAGAUGCUCUCCAAGGAGAUGUUUACGUCUUCACGCCCGGGUGCCCUUCCCCUGA